AAAUUUCCCAUUCAAAGUUUUUGUUUUUAUUAGUUUUAAGUUCAGGAAAAACAAAAAAUUUUGUAUUCCUUGUGAACAACUUUUUGGUUUCAUAUUAUGUUACAUUAUCGGUAUAAGGUAUUUACUUAAAUUUAAUUUAAAAUAGAAACGGGCUUGCAACCGAUACUUCAGCUCCGUUAAUCGAAUGUAAGUCAGUGUUAACAGCUGUCUUGCACAGCUGUUCAGUGUUGAAAAUAAAAAGCACUCAAACAUAUGAUUGCGAAAAUCAGCUGGCCAAACCAUAACAUAACAUUCGAAGGCUGGAUCGGAAUCAGUAAAACUAGUCUUAAAUACCGAAAAAUGUCAGCUUUCAUCGAGGAAACCAAGAGCCUGCUGCCGCGGAUCGCAUUCAUUGCCUGUGGAUGUUUUAGCCCGCCCACGCCGAUGCACCUGCGGAUGUUUGAGAUAGCCAAAGAUCACUUUGAAAUGCAGGGGACCCACAAAGUGGUGGGUGGCAUCAUAUCGCCCACUCACGAUUCGUAUGGCAAAAAGGGUCUCGCCUCCGCUUUGGACAGGUGUGCCAUGGUGAAAUUAGCUACGCAGAGCUCAAACUGGAUCCGGCUUUCCGAUUGGGAGGUACACCAGAACCAGUGGAUGCGCACACAGGCGGUACUUCAGCAUCACCAGAACUACAUCAAUAACCACAUUAAUUCUGGAAGAACAGGCGGAGGUGAUGAGCCGGACGCUCACCUGGCUAGCUGGCUACCAAGGGGUCUGCACGAUAGCCGGGAUCCCGUUCAUCUGAAGCUUUUAUGUGGCGCUGAUCUCCUUGAGUCUUUUGCUGUACCCGGCCUGUGGGCAGAAGCGGAUAUUGAGGACAUAGUGGCUAAUCAUGGCUUGGUGGUCAUCACCCGCGCCGGCUCAAACCCAGGAAAGUUUAUCUUCGACUCCGACGUAUUGACCAAAUAUCAGAGCAACAUUACGCUUAUUACCAACUGGGUGCCCAAUGAGGUGAGCUCCACGUUGAUAAGGCGGCUCCUGGGACGCGGUCAGUCGGUCAAGUACCUUCUAGACGACCUGGUUUUGGAGUACAUCAAGCGCCAGCGCUUGUUUAACAUUAAAUCUAAGUAUAUAACGGAUGCAGUGCGUCCCAACCAUUUGCUCUUUAACCAUGCCUACACGGACAACAACAAGAACGCGAGCAUCUACCCCAUAGGCGACCAGCUGGAGCAGGACAUGGAUGAGUCGGACACUCCCAGCCCGCAGCUGCAGCAGACGUCGCGGGUAUUCUGCUGUGGAGAGGGCUCAAAGCUGCUGCGAUCCGGUCCUGGACAGGCGGUGCAGGUCAUCACCAUGCAGGCGGAUGUGAAAGAGGAGAGCCAGGCGAAGAAACAGAAGAUAUCUCAGGUGCAAGUUUAAGAAUCUACAGGACGAAUCUCACACGGAUCGAUACAGGAGCGCUGGAAGCUAUUUGUUAAUAUGUAUAUGUGCUUGUAAAAUAAACACGUUCGUUACCAA